AUGCAGAGGCAAUUACUUGUUGCAGCUGUCUUAGCCACAUUGAGCUUGCUAGUUUCUGGUCAGACUGAUUACCCUGAUUUCUUCUACAAACUCAGUCUGCAAUGGCCACCUUCGGUUUGUACCCCUUCUCAGUGCCCGUCACCCAUCCCCCAAACUUUUACAAUCCAUGGUUUAUGGCCACAAUCUCUUGAAGAUGACAAGGCGAUUCCUCCGUAUGAUGUAAAAAAAUGCACCGAUGUCCAACCUACGGCUCCAGAAAAUAUUUUGGAUGCAUUGCAACCCAUCGGAAGCAAACUAAAUAAUCUUUGGCCAAGCCUUUCGAAGCAGAAAACGAAAGAGGAAUUUUGGGAACAUGAAUGGCAAAACCAUGGAAUGUGUUCUGAUUAUCCUGAUAAACCUCGUAAUUAUUUCAGCGCAGCUUUAGAUCUUACUACUAGAUACAAUCCACUCGAAGUUAUGGGAAUUCAACCUGGAGAUGAACUGCAUGAAGUGGGAACCAUAUUAGAUGCUGUCAAGCAACAUGUGAGAGUGGGAGCAUAUCCUCAAAUUUUAUGUAACCGUCGGGCUAAAAAAGGGCUUCAGCUAAAGGAAAUUCGUUUCUGCUUUGUAAGGGCAAAGCCACCCUCCGUCUUUAGGGACUGCCCCAAGCAAUUGGCUGGCGAUUGUAAAGAGCGGACUGACCGUAUAAGGUUGCCCCCUCUUCCCUCUGAAGCUACAUAUAUCGACGAAUUAUGA